AUGUCUUACGUAAUCCCAUCGAACCAAGUGCAUUAUCGUCUUCCAUCGAUUCACUCUUUGGACUUGGACUUGCCAGUGCCUAAAUAUCAAUAUCAGAACAACAGCAAUGGGCAGCUCCAGACUCCAGUGUCUCUGUAUCCAUACCCACAAUAUGCUGCAACUGCUGUGCAGCAACAACCACAAGCAAUAAUACCAGUUUCCGAGCAACUGGCAGCUAGAAGGAUGGUAUACAGUCAGCCAAUCCCACAGGUUAAUGUUCUACCACACCAACAGCAGCAAACUCACUCACAUUUGCCAUUCGUCAGUCCAAUACUGUCUCCAUCUUUCAAAAACAAUGCCACCGACAGCUUGUCAGCACUCUGUGCCGUUGCCUCAUCGUCAUCAUCAAGUCGUAGUAGACUGUUGAGUGAUCCUGCACAGUUUUCAGUGCAACAAGGUUUAACCCCGUUGUCCCCGGUUUCUUUCAAUAACGAAAUCGUCGAGAGAGGGUCUCCGCAACCAAUACUGAUUUUCGGUUCGUCUGUUGAUAAUGGUUCAGCUCAUGAAGAAAUUGGUUCGGCUGGCCCCGGCUCAAGCUCAGAAGAUCACGACGAUGAUGUUGGAGCUGCCAAUUCAGCCUUAUCUACAGCAAACCUCGCAUUGAACUCAUCCUCCAAACCAACUUGGAAACCUCGCAAGAAGAGACAGUGCCCAGAAUGUAAAUUGUUCUUCUCCAACCUUGCUACCCACAAAUCUACACACUUAAAGCCAACUUCAAGGCCCCAUGUUUGCGAGUACUGCAGCAGAGGGUUUGCCAGACCCAAUGAUUUGUUUAGGCAUGUCAAGUGUCACUGGAAAGAGACUGGCUCAGAUAAGGGACAGUUUAAAUGUCCUUUUAAGAGCAAUACAAGCGGCGAUCACUGUUGUCAUUCUACCGGUAUUUUUUCAAGAUGUGACACAUUCAAGAACCAUUUGAAGGCUAUCCACUUCCAAUACCCAACAGGAACUAAGAAAGACCAAAGAAACAAGGUCGCAGGUUCAUGCAGAGCUUGUCACCAACAUUUCAACAAUGUAGAUGAAUGGGUAUCAAACCACGUCGAGAAGAAUAGCUGCCCGUACGCUGGAGAGUAUGCAAAACACUAG